CGGCAGACCUUCUGCGCAUACGCGCCUCAGAUCGCGCAGUGGUCACAUAUAGCGUCUUGACAAAGGAAAACAAGCACUCGGAUAUUUUACCGAAAUCAAAUACACCCCUCUAGAAGAAAGACUAUUGGUUCCUGAGUGACUGAAGAGGUGAUGACGUCUUGUUGUAUUUCACUAUCAAAUACAGCCUCUCCCUACCCCUUCUUCCUGUAAACUUAAAACACUGACCAUGAACCACUCUCCACAUCUGUCUGAGGGAAGCAAGACAACAGUAGGUGAUCUACUGUGCAGUCGGCGCAUGGAUUCAGACAGGGACAUUCAUUCCCCUGAAAGUGUUGCCCAAACCCCAAGCCCCAAUGGAGAAAUCCUGAGCUCCAGUACCCCACCGCUGCUUUCACCUGGGCUAGGAGGCCUGGGAGCAUUGGCCAUCAUUGGUGAGGUUCCUGGGGCAGACUGGGAGAGCAGAGAAGAGCUGAGACUCAGAGAGCUCGAGGAAGCCCGAGCCAGAGCAGCUCAGAUGGAGAAAACCAUGCGGUGGUGGUCAGACUGCACUGCAAACUGGAGAGAAAAAUGGAGCAAGGUUCGCGCAGAGCGUAACCGUGCACGUGAGGAAGUUCGCCAGCUGAGACAGAAGCUGGAUACUCUGACCAAGGAGCUGAGCAGUGCUCGACGGGAGCGUCAGGAAUUUCUAUCAGAGAAUGAGAUGCUACGAAAGGAUGGGGUACAGCUUUACAGUGAUUUUACACCUCUUCCAGUCAUAAGUUGUGCCUCCAACCCUGCACACCACCACUGUAUUUUUUCUGCCUCUUUCUGUCCAUCCAUUGUAACCUCCACAUCUUCAACGCAAGUUCAUUCUGAUUGCAACGUAGAUAUAUUAAGUGAGCAGUUACCUGCAUCUCCAGAGCCUGAACCGGUGAGGGAUAUGAACGCACAGAAAACAGGUCAGCAAAAGGAAAUGGGGCUCCCGCAGUCUCUGCUGCAUUUAAGAAGUCCAACAGGCGACAAUCAAGGGCCUUGGUACUAUCAGAGUACCCAUGGUGGCAUUAAUUCUUGUGGCACACACUCACCUAGUCUGAGUCGGCAAGAACGCAACAGGCAUCUGUGGGGAGAUAUAAGCAUCACAGAAGAUGAGUUAAGCAAACUCCAUGCCUUACAGCUUCGUCUGGACGAGUCACAGAAAAUUCUGUCGAAGGAGAGAGAAGACAAGCUUGAAUUGAGUAAGACUAUUGAGAAGCUGGAGACAGAGCUCAGUCAGUGGAAACUUAAAUACGAGGACCUGAGCAAGAGUAAACAGGAAAUCCUUAAACAGCUGAAUCUGUUGAGGGAAAAGCAUCAAGAUGAACUUGGUCGAAUAUCUGAAGACCUGGAGGAUGAACUCGGAGCUCGUACCACUAUGUACAAGAAACUAGCCGAAUUACGAACUGAGAUGGAGAGGUUGCAGUUGGAGAAUGCAGCAGAAUGGGGUCGUAGAGAACGUUUGGAGACAGAGAAACUGGCCCUGGAGAGGGACAACAAGAAGCUCAAGGCUCAAACUGAAGACUUGGAAGAACAAAUUGCGAAGAAACGCCACCAGGCUGCAACAGCGAUCGACACCGACAUCAAGGGCAUCCAGACUGACUUGUUUGAGAAAAACAAGGAGUUGUCUGAUCUUCGGCACAUUUAUGCUAAGCUGAAGAAGCAAUUCCAGGACAAGACAGCAGAGCUAGCCCACGCAAACAGGAGGGUGGAGGGCCAUGAAGCUGAAGUAAAAAAACUGAGACUGCGGGUUGAAGAGUUAAAGAAAGGAUUAGGACAGGCUGAAGAUGAGCUGGAUGAGUCCAAUAACCAGACAAGAAAACUCCAGAGGUCUUUGGAUGAACAAGUAGAGCAGACCGAGAACCUGCAGGUACAAUUAGAACAUUUACAAUCCAGACUUCGACGACAGCAUAUAAGCCCAGGUCUUUUUGGGAGGAUGAGAUCAGCUCAGUUCACCCCUGAUAAUACAGAUGGUCCAACCAGUGACAUGGAUGAGGAAGAGGAACAACUGCAGCUUGAGAUCCAUGGAUGACAGAAACACACACACGCAGUGUCAUUGCUGAGAGGAAUAUAUAUCUUCAAAAAUGAGUCAAUGUGCAAAAUUGUUAGGCAAGUGUGUAUUUUGACCAUAUGAUCAUUUUUAUGGAAUUUUCCAACUUCAUGCUGUAUAAUCUUGAAUGCUUACUCAAUACAAGCAUAUCAAGUGAUGUGUAUUUAUGUAAUGAGCAAUGUUAGGGCCUAAGGAGAUUAACAGUGUGCAUAAUUAUUAGGCAACUUGUUUUUCUCAGGAAAAAUAGGGCAAAAAAAAAAGAUUUAUAAAGAAAUUUAAAUGACUCCAAAAAGUAAAAAUUUGUAAAAAGUCUUUCAGGGGGUUGCGGCACUCUUGAAAUUGCUAAACUAUUGGGUGUGAUUAAAAAAUCAACAAAAAUUCAUUUGCAAGGGGUCGCACAAAACAUGUUAAGGUAAAGCCUGGGUCAAGAAAUAUCAGAAUAUACAUUUUUCAAAGAUCUUAUGACUGAUGAGAUGAGAGUGACUAUUGACAGACCAGCUGAACCCAUGGCUGGAUCAGUAUGGGCCACAGAGCUCCACUUCAAAUAGGACACCAGUAAGGUGGAGGCGGUGUACUGGUAUAGGCUGGUAUUAUUAAAGAUGAGCUAAUUAUUAUUAAAGAUUAACUUAAAAUUAACUCUAAAAUUAAAAUGAAAAUUAAUUAAAAUUAACCUAUUGCCAGUUUUUAGAAGACACUGUCUUCAAGCAGUGGUACAGAAGAGAUCUGCAUCUUUCAAGAAGACCACGAUUUUUAUGUAGGACAAUACUCCAUCGCAUGCAUCAAAGUACAGUAAUCCCUCAUUUUAGUUAGUGUUCAUUAUGUCUUCAGUACUUAGAGCCUUUUUUUAUUUUUUGUUCAGACAAAAUAAUGUAGGUCUUACCUUAAAACUGUUUUCGACAGUUUCGGCGGCAACUUUCGCCUUCGUCAGGCAGUGUCACAUGAUGAUGUGUGACAAGUCUUUUCAGCUGUUGUUACUAUGAGGGCAUGAACAGCCCACUUUAAAUCACACCACAGAUUUUCAAUAAUCUUCAGGUCUGGGGACUGAGAUGGCCAUUCCAGAACAUUGUACUUGUUAUUCUGGAUGAAUGCCAUAGUAGAAUUUGAGGAGUGUUUGAGGUCGUUGUCUUGUUGAGGUAUCCAGCCCCUGCGCAACUUCAACUUUGUCACUGAUUCUUGAACAUUGUUUGCAAGAAUCUGCUGUAUCCAUGCGACCUUCAACUUUAACAAGAUUGUCAGUACCUACACUGGCCACACAGCCCCACAGCAUGAUGGAACCACCACCAAAUUUUACUGUGGGUAGCAAGUGUUUGUCAUGGAAUGCUGUGUUCUUCUUCCUCCAUGCAUACCGCCCCUCAUAUAUGUGUAUAUACUACAUACAUACACACGUACGUACGUACGUACGUACGUACGUACGUACGUACGUACGUACGUACGUACAUACAUACAUACAUACAUACAUACAUACAUACAUACAUACAUACAUACAUACAUACAUACAUACAUACAUACAUACAUACAUACAUACAUACAUACAUACAUACAUACAUACAUACAUACAUACAUACAUACAUACAUACAUACAUACACAUACAUAUGGAUCUAGCUCCCACAGUCCAGAAAAAUUAACAUGUCAAGUUAAUUUAAGACCCCCUAGGUGAAUUUAUGACCAAGACGGGGAUACUGAAAAUCGGUGACUAAAUAGACAUAAGGACAAUAUUUUCCAAAAAGACCUGUCGAACAAAACCAAAAGCAAAAGAUUAUCUAAUUUCUAUGAUCUGUAUUUGUUCUUUUCCAUUUUGUUUCUCAUCAAUUUUGUUACAUAUAUGUCGCAGUAUAUUUGUAUCCAACUUUUCGCAGUGCCUUUCAAUAUAUAUUGCCUUAGAAAACAUCAUAUUCAUAUGAACGUUUUCACAUUUAUUUUUUAUAUUUUAUGACCUUACAAACUUGAAUGUAUUUUAUUGAUAUUUUAUGUGAUCCAACAACACAUUGUGAAGUGGAUCCAUUUUUUUUUCGAAAGGUCAAGUAUGUAUUUUUAAAUCUGAAGUGUGAGGCGCAUUUAUAUUCAAUCAACUCGUACUUUGAUGUUCCUAACUACAAUCCAGUGCAAUCAGUUGCCUUCAGAAGUCACCUAACUUGUAAAUAGAGCAUCAUGAAGACCAACGAACUCACCUGACACGUCGCACUCCUAUUAAACAAACAGCUAGUUCCGCUUUGUCCAACAAAUCACCUUUUAAGUUGGAACAAUACUUUUUUCUUCAAAUGUUUUAAAUGAAGCACGAUCAUUGUUAGAAUGGGCCUCCUGGUCACACAUCACUAGCUAGAUAGCGUGAGCUAUACUUUUGUCUUGUUGUGACCCUUCUCUGGCUUUCACUGGCCUUCCCUUUUCUGUGACAAUCUUUGCACAUAUACUAUAUUAGUUGAUUUCAGUCGAGACUGCAAGGUCGCACAUCACACAGUCUUGUGGGUGGGCGGCCAAGAGUAUAACAGUAGGAAUCCUGGAGGUGGGGGUUAGACCUUCUUCCACAAUCUCGCAGAUAAGGCUCCACAGCUCUCUCUCGAUCUUUCUGGCAUCUAUUAAAUAGUUCAACAGAGAAUAUGCAGUCUUCUGGUUGUUACUAUUAGAAUAGCGAGAAUUAAAGAUAAAAGAACCGGAAAAAUAUAUCAACAGCAACAGAGAAGACCUACAUGCAGUGCAGAUUUGACACAUCUAACAUGAUGACCUUCUACACUGCCAUCAUCCAGUCUAUCCUCUGAACCUCCAUCCCUGUCUGGUUUGGAUCAGCCACCUGAAUGUUGUUAGUCAUUUAAAUGUUGUAUAGAGGCUGAGAUCAACCGGAGUCAAAUUCCUUGUUUAGCAUGCACAAACCUGGCCAACCAAGCUGAUUCUGAUUAUGAUUCUGAUGUUGCAUCUUAAUCUGCGAUACAGGUGUUUAUGACAUUCGCACUAUAUGAAAGAAACAGAAAUUCAAAGUCAAAGUCAAAGUCUGCUUUAUUGUCAAUCCCUUCAUAUGUCAAGACACACAAAGAAACCGAAAUUCCGUUUCCUCUAUCCCACGGUGACGAGACAUAGUACACGAUAGACAUACAAGUAGACGACACAAAAUAAAAACAAGAAGGCACAAACAAUAAAUAAUAAAUAAUAAAUAAAUAAUGAGUGAUGAAUAAAUAAUAAACAAAUAACACAAUAAAUAAGAGGACCAAAACUGAGCCAGUGUGCAUACAGCAGACAGUAAGCAUAGCGCAAAGUACAGGACGCUACGCAGAAAGGGGGAGAGAGUUCAGGAUCCUAAAUUAUGUGACAGCUACAAAAAUGUUGAUAAAGAACUGUUUUGUACUAUCCUUGCUAAUAGGUGUUUUGAAAUUGGAAUAUUCAAUACAAUAUUGUGUAGCACUUUACUAGACUACAACUUUCGCAGGUGUUGCAGCAACAAUUGUUACUUCUUUUCACCGAUUCACGACGACGGUCCAUUGGGCGCUGUUGGACUGGACUGCCCUUACACCUGUCUAUGGACCCCGUGGAGGCUAUUUUGUGUGUUUUGGGGUGUUCUCUGAUAUUGAGGGGUGCUGGUCGGCCGCUGUUACUUUUUUUCCUUUGUCUUUUUGCUUUGCUUUGCUUUGCUUUGCUUUGCUUUGCUUUGCUUUGAUGGCUUUUAUCUUUCGCACUUUCCGGCUUUCUGUGUGUCGCCGUUGUGUGGCAGCCUUAUGAGAGCCUAUUGAGUUGCGCUCACGCCAUCUGUGUGUCUUUUGUAUACCCGCUCUGUGGUAUGGAUACUGCAGGGGCCUUCCACCCCUGGGAUCAAUAAAUGUUGAAUCAAUCAA